AUGACGUCGCUUUCGAAGGAGUAUCUGCUGAAGGCACUGAUAAACCUGCUACCGACCGAAGAGCAAAUGAAAACAAUCGGGCUGUUUAUAAAGACAUUUAAGAAGGAUCACUCAACAAUAGUGGAUGCAUGGAUGUUUGUGUAUGAGAGAUCUAGUGCAUACCAUCGGCUGAAUCUGCUCUACCUUGCAAAUGAGAUUGUGCAAACAACAAGGGAUGCUGAUGCAUGCUCUAUGGAGUUGAAGAUGGCGUUCAAGACAGCGGUUUCUAAGGUAUUCGGGCAAACAAAGCAGGCGGUUGUAGGGAAUGUCCAUCUGUACAAGAAGUACUGUGAGCUUGAAAAUGUAUGGAUACAACGGAAUGUGAUGGCUGUGGAGAGCUAUGGAGUGAAUCUUGCGGAUCUGAUCCGAAGCAUUGAAAAAGCAUUUGGGGACAAAGCAAGGCUGUGCAGUGUUCUUGAGGAUGCUCUUGCAAGAAUACGAAGCGAGUGA